CUCCUCUCUCCCAAGCUUCAAUCCUCUCUUUUCUCCUCCAAUGGCGCUGCUCUUCCCACCCCCCGCCCUCUCACCGAAGCCCCUCUUCCCCUACGCUCUGCGAUCAGCGCGGCCGCCCCGCGUCACCUGCACCUCCACCACUACCUCCGCCACCGCAAGCGUCUCCUCCCCUCCCCCCGCCACAGCGCCUUCUCCCUCGACCUCCUCGCCGGCGGCGUCGGACGGCGCCGGUGGAAGGAAGAGGAAGAAGAAUAUGAGGUCUCUCAAGCCGAGCUUCGAGGAGCAGGCCCUCCGCCGCUGGUCCGCCAGGGCGCCCUCCCAGCGCGUCUCCUUCCCCUGGCAGCAGCAGGAGCAGCCGCCGCCGCAUCGGGUUGGCCAAGAAAGCGACGGUGCGCGCGGGCAAGAACCCGGUGGAGGUUCAAGUGCGACGUUAUGUUCCAUCGUGGACUACUUGGGCGGCGGCUCCUCGGACGAUGACGACGACGGUGUUCGAGAAGAGGUCGGAGGGGGUAAGAAUGGUGCGGUCCGGAGCGAAGCGACGCAAGACCGGGACGAAGGGUCGCAUUUUCCGCCGCGCUAUCUGCUUGGGAGCCGGGCGGUCGCUGCGCCGUGGAUGCACGGGGAAGGCUCGACCGAGGACCAGUUGGUUUUCGGUUCGGUGGUGGCCGGUGCGGAGGAAGGGGUGGACAUGGAUGAUGUUUCUAAUGAUGAGCUGGGCUUGGUGGAUGGAGAUGAGGAAGAGGUGUCCAGUGAGGAGCCCCUUAGUGUGAGUUCAGAAGACGAAGUGUAUGAGGAUUAUGCCUCACCGACUGCAAAUUCCUCUUAUUGGAUGGAUAUGGUAGUGGACCGGGGCUCUAAAGGUGGUGAAUUUGAUAGGAGCAUAAGGCAGAACAGCGUAAGGACAAUUGUUAAAACAUUGAGGAAUUCAAUGGAGGAAAGUAGUCCAAAUGUUGCAACAGAGCGGUCUGGUGCGGAAGAUUUUGUCCAGAAGAUGGGUUCUGUCCUCCUUCCAUGGGAAAGGGAGGAGGAGGAUGAAGAGGCAUUCGGUGGUGGCAGGCCAGGGAGGCGCAACAACACAGAGCUGGCAGAGAGGACUAUCCCAGAGCUUGAGUUGAGAAGGCUUAGGGAUGCGGCAUUGAGGAUGAAGGAGAGGAUAAAGGUUGGGCCCGGAGGGGUUACUCAGGACAUUGUGGAGAGCAUCCACAGGAAAUGGAAGGUGGACGAGGUGGUCAAGAUGAGGUUCGAAGGCCCACCGAGCCUGAACAUGAAGAGAACUCAUGAUUUACUGGAGGACAGGACUGGAGGAAUUGUUAUAUGGAGGUCUGGGAGAUCAAUUGUUCUGUAUAGGGGAAUGAAUUACAACCUUCGAUGUGUGCAGUCAUAUGCUAAAAUAAUAGAGGUUGAUUCUAAUGAAGAAGUUAGUGAUGCUAAUAGUGUUGUGCCCAGCCGUGGAGGUCACAACUUGCAGAAGUCAAGCGCAGAUGGUGUGAACCACUCAACAUCUAAUGUCAAUUUCUCUCCAGAAGCCACAGAAACAUUUGAUAUUGAUAGCUUCUUGGAUCAGUUGGGACCACGGUAUAGGGAUUGGUCUGGUCGCAACCCUAUCCCUGUUGAUGCCGACUUGCUUCCUGGUGUAGUUCCUGGCUACAAGCCGCCGUUUAGACUACUUCCCUACAAGAUCAAGAGCACUUUAAGAAGUAAGGAAAUGACAGCUCUACGUAGACUUUCAAGGCAAACUGCUCCUCAUUUCGCUCUAGGGAGAAACAGAGAACACCAAGGCUUAGCUACUGCUAUUGUUAAAUUAUGGGAGAAAAGUGCUCUUGCAAAGAUCGCCAUCAAGAGGGGGGUCCCAAACACAUGCAAUGACAGAAUGGCGGAAGAAAUCAAGAAAUUGACAGGGGGAGUGCUUUUGUCGAGGAACAAGGAGUAUAUUGUUUUCUACAGGGGCAAUGACUUCAUAACGCCUAAAGUAAGGGGGGUCUUGGUGGAGAAGCAAGAACAGGCAAUUACUCAACAGGAUGAGGAAGAGCUGGCUCGGCUUAAAGCAUCAGCCUUGAUUACUACCAUCCCCAGAGAACUAAAAAGUCCUCUAGUUGCUGGCACUCUUGCAGAAACUACAGAAGCAAAAUCGCGAUGGGGAAAUUCACUUAAUGAUGUGCAGAGGGAAGAUGAGAUGAAGCGCUUGGCUUUGGUGAAGCAUACCUCUCUUUUGAAGAACUUGAAGAGAAAACUGAUUUUAGCCAAAACAAAAGUUGCGAAAGCAGAGAAGGCUUUGGCAAAAGUUCAGGAAUUUCUCUCUCCGGCAGAGCUUCCAACUGAUUUGGAAACUAUUACAGAUGAGGAGCGCUUCUUAUUUCGCAGAAUCGGUCUGAAAAUGAGGGCCUUUUUAAUACUUGGCAGACGAGAAGUUUUUGAUGGAACUGUGCAGAACAUGCACUUUCAUUGGAAGCAUCGAGAAUUGGUUAAAAUUAUUGUCAAGGGAAAGAACUUUGCACAAGUGAAACAUAUUGCAAUCUCUCUAGAAGCUGAGAGUGGAGGUGUUCUCAUUUCACUCGACAAGACAACUAAAGGAUAUGCAAUCAUUUUCUACCGGGGUAAAAACUACAGAAGGCCCCAAAUCAUGAAGCCUCGAAAUCUGUUAACAAGGAGACAAGCAUUGGCACGCUCUAUAGAGCUCCAAAGGCGGGAGGCGUUAAAGCAUCAUAUCUCAAGUUUGCAAGGCAAGAUCUGGAAGUUGAAGUCACAACUUGUACAAAUGAAGGCUGCUAGUGAAAAACAGGAUGUGAAGUUACUUCAAACAGUUGAGGAUGGCCUGCCAUCAGAUGAUGAUGAUGUAGAGGAUGAAGGAGACGAGGCUUAUUUACAAACUUACAGCAACGAUGAUGAAGAGGAUGCUGACGACGAUUCCAAUGAAUAUCUUUGAACUGGUGCAGUUUUAACAAAUGGAACUCCGGUGUUUUUGUCCCAGCAUGUUCCAGAGAAGGCAAAGUUCAACGAGUAAGAUCCUGUACCUCCGCAAGGCUGCAAUUCCACGGUUCCAGGAAUAGUAUGGUGCCCCUCAGUGGGUUGCAAUUUUGAGAUCAAAUGUACAGUUCAUUUUACAACACAGGCUGUAAUUCCAGUUGGUGGCAUCAUUUGCAGCUGCUGCUCUCAUCCGGUGUUUGCCAUCGCCAGUUGCCACAUUCUACAGAUCCAAAAAACUCUCAUUGAGCAUGUCCAAGGCCGUCUGUCUGGAAGAAGCUGUUGAGUGUAGAUCAGUCUGCAUUCCCUAGAGAAGUUUGCGAGUGUAGACCAGCCUUCCUGAGUGCCCCUUUUGCUGUUUUGCCGCGGCUGUAAAUUACUGUCAGUAGUGCCUGCAUCUAUUCACUAGAUUCUCUUUGGGCAUUGUUUUCAAUGCAGGUAUUUGCAAAGAUUACAUAUAAAUUUUGCAAUGAGACGUGUUAAUUCCAAUU